GAUAAUUCCAAUUCUUUCAAUCUUCAAUCUUUACUAGUUCUACAGAGUCGAAGGGAAGCCGCGGAUAUCUACAAUGGGCAAGAAACUCUCAGCAUCAUCCACGAAGCCCAGAACGGGUGCCGUCGUUGUGCCAGCCAUUGCGCAACCAAAGUCCACCGACGAGGUUCCGAAGCUUGUCCGCCAGGACUCCGGUGUCGACGUCACAAAGCCGGGUCAGGGCAGACCGCUACCAGUCACCCUUCUCUCAGGCUUCUUGGGCAGCGGGAAAACGACACUUCUACAACACAUCCUCAAGAGCGACCAUGGCCUUCGCAUUGCGGUCAUUGUCAACGACAUCGGAGCUGUCAACGUCGACGCAUCCCUCAUCAAGAAGAGCCACCGUCUUACAAAGACCGAAGAAAAAGUCAUCGCCCUACAGAACGGCUGCAUCUGCUGUACUCUCAGAGGAGAUCUGCUGGAAGAGCUCGUCAACCUGUCCGAGCUCCACGAGUUUGACUACGUGAUCAUCGAGAGCAGUGGUAUCAGCGAGCCCGAGCAAGUUGCAGAGACCUUCGAUGCCCGACUAGCAGAGCAGAUGGCUACGAUGGGCGAAGGACCCGAAGGAUUGGAUGAAGAUACGAUGAAGUUGCUCAAGAGGCUGGCUGAUGCUGGCGGAGUCGACAAGUUCGCUCGCCUUGAUACGACUGUCACUGUCAUCGAUGCCUUUACGAUAUUCAACGACUUUCACACAAGCGAUCUGCUCUCUUCAAGACGGGACGACGUCGUGCCGGAAGACGAACGGACGGUAUCUGACCUGAUGGUUGACCAGAUUGAGUUUGCAGAUGUGAUCGUCCUCAACAAGAUCGACAUGGUUACCAAAACCGAUCGCGCCCGUGUGUUGGACUUGAUCAAGAAACUCAACCCACGAGCCAAGAUCCUGGAAUCCAGCUACAGCAAGAUUGACGUCAAAGAAAUCGUCAACACUAACACAUUCGACCUCAAGGUCGCUCAGUCUGGUGUUGGCUGGCUGCAAGAUCUGCACGCCAUGACAGUCCGCGAGGUCAACGGACGCAAGGCAGUCACACCGAAACCAGAGACAGAGGAAUACAACGUCCGCAACUUCAUCUACACAAGGACGCGGCCAUUCCAUCCUAGACGUCUCUGGUCUCUCCUCUACGACAAGUUCAUUCUGCAAAUGGAGGAGCCUGAAGGCGAUGAAGACGAAGAGGCCAUGGAUGAGGAUGAUGAUGCUAAUAUGAGCGACGAGGAUGUUGACGACAAGGAAGACGAGGAAUGGGAAGAUGAUGACUCAGAAGCAGACGAAGCUGAUGAAGACGAGGAUGCUGACAUGGAAGAUCCCCUCGAGCCGCCCUCCAACGAAGUCAUCCUCGCCAACAAAACCGCCAAUCCCCUCUUCAACCGUCUCUUCCGCUCAAAAGGAGAGUUCUUCCUCGCGACGCGACCGCACAGGGCAGGAGACUGGUCCCAAGCGGGCGCGAUGCUUACAAUGACCGGCGGUCGCCCGUGGUUCUGCACGCUUGACCCUGGUGACUACCUCACCGGCGACAGUGAGGUCGAUGCCCUGGUCACGCACGACAUCAAGAAGGGCGGCGAGUGGGGUGACCGCCGCCAGGAGAUGGUGUUCAUCGGCGAGAAGCUGGACAUCAAGGGUUUGGAGGCUGCGCUGGAUGCGUGUUUGCUCAAUGAUGAGGAGUGGAGGAAAUGGCAGAAGGUGAUGAGGAACAAGAAGUGGGAUGAUGAGAAGAAGAGGGACAAGUUACAGGACUUGUUUGAUGAUGGGUUCCCGGACUGGACAGAAGAUGGAGAGGAUCAUGAAGGACAUGAUCAUGCUUGAUGGUCCAUCCAGGCUGGUUCGAAAAAGAGAUAGACAACACAAAGUAAAAGUGAUAGAUUUACUUCG